CUGGGCGCCGCCGCCGGUUCGUCUACCCUUUCCCUCAGCCGCCUCCUUUCAACCUUGUCCAGCGUCGGCGCGGCCUGUGGUGGUACGGCGGGUGGUUCGCGAACCUGCCGCAGCUCUCGGUCCCCGUUUUCCCUACCCCGCCAGAUCCCGGAUUUCACCCGCCAUGGCUUUACUCACUGCGGCCACCCGACUCUUGGCAGCCAAGAAUUCAUCCUGUCUUGUUCUUGCUGCCCGGCGUGCUAGUGCUUCCUCCACGAAUUUGAAGGAUGUGUUGACUGACCUGAUACCUAAGGAGCAGGCCAGAAUCAAGACCUUCAGACAGCAGCAUGGCAAGACAGUAGUGGGCCAGAUCACUGUGGACAUGAUGUAUGGUGGCAUGAGAGGCAUGAAGGGUUUGGUAUAUGAGACAUCAGUUCUUGAUCCUGAUGAGGGCAUCCGUUUCCGAGGUCAUAGCAUCCCUGAGUGCCAGAAGCUGCUCCCCAAAGCUAAGGGUGGGGAAGAACCCCUGCCUGAGGGCUUGUUCUGGCUGCUGGUAACAGGACAGAUCCCGACGGAGGAACAGGUUUCUUGGCUUUCAAAAGAGUGGGCAAAGAGGGCAGCCCUUCCUUCUCAUGUGGUCACCAUGCUGGACAACUUUCCCACCAACCUACACCCCAUGUCUCAGCUCAGUGCAGCCAUUACAGCCCUAAACAGUGAAAGUAACUUUGCCCGAGCAUAUGCAGAGGGUGUCCACCGAACUAAGUACUGGGAGUUGAUUUAUGAAGACUCUAUGGAUCUGAUCGCAAAGCUACCUUGUGUUGCUGCAAAGAUCUACCGGAAUCUUUACCGGGAGGGCAGCAGUAUUGGGGCCAUUGACUCUAAACUGGACUGGUCCCACAAUUUCACCAACAUGUUAGGCUACACGGAUGCUCAGUUCACUGAGCUCAUGCGCUUGUACCUCACCAUCCACAGUGACCAUGAAGGUGGAAAUGUAAGUGCCCAUACCAGUCAUUUGGUGGGCAGUGCCCUUUCAGAUCCUUACUUGUCCUUUGCAGCAGCCAUGAAUGGCCUGGCAGGGCCUCUACAUGGACUAGCAAAUCAGGAAGUACUUGUAUGGCUUACACAGCUACAGAAAGAAGUUGGCAAGGAUGUGUCAGAUGAGAAGUUACGAGACUACAUCUGGAAUACACUCAACUCCGGACGGGUUGUCCCAGGCUAUGGCCAUGCGGUACUGAGGAAGACUGAUCCACGAUACACCUGUCAGAGAGAGUUUGCUCUGAAACACCUGCCUAAUGACCCCUUGUUCAAGCUGGUGGCUCAGCUAUACAAGAUCGUGCCCAAUAUCCUCUUAGAGCAGGGUAAAGCCAAGAAUCCUUGGCCCAAUGUGGAUGCUCACAGUGGGGUACUGCUCCAGUACUACGGCAUGACAGAGAUGAACUACUACACAGUCCUGUUUGGGGUGUCACGGGCACUGGGUAUACUGGCGCAGCUCAUCUGGAGCCGGGCCCUGGGCUUUCCUCUCGAGAGGCCCAAAUCCAUGAGCACUGAUGGUCUGAUGAAGUUUGUGGACUCGAAGUCGGGAUAAAACGGAAGACCAGGGGAAACUACCAGAAAGUGAAGAAGCUUAAAAAACGUAUAUACUUUUUGUUUUUUUGUUUCAGGGGGCCUUUAAAGACUUACAAUUAAAUUGUAUCUGAGGCACUGAAAAUAACAUUUGAGGUUAAAGUACAAAUUAAGAUUUUCAAAGAUCAAAAAUGAUGCCCCUCUUCCCUGUACCCUGCUCCUUCCCUCUUCCUGGUAUGGGCUGCCCGAUACCUGUAGGAUGACCAGGACAAGUGCAUGUGGCAUGGGUUGGGUUUGGCCUCCGACCAUCUCUUAAGAAGCAGGUUCCUCCUAUCUCGGGUCAAAUCUGGCUGUGGAAAAUCUGUAGUCAGUUUGGAGUUUUGGCUUCAAGUCUGCCCAGUCCUUUCUAGGCCAGCAAACCAGGACACUGUCCCUUGUUUCCAUAGGAAUCAUGUUGGAUUGCCAUCUGUACCAAGCCCCCCGAUCCUCUCCCAUGCACAACCUAGCAAAACCUGCUGAUUAGCUGGACAUGCUUUGACAAAUUUUUUAAUGCUAUCGGAUGACCAUAAUGGCAUGGCAUUUGUUAUGACUGGUAACCAGUGUUUGACUUCAGUUCUCUAAAAUUGCCCCACUAAAAUUAAGAUGUGGGAGUGUUCUGUUUCCCACUACUUUAAUACUUCACCUCCUUCCAGACUUUUUAUGUCUGUUGCACCUCAAAUGGGAUACUCUGAACCUCCAACUCUAGGUCCCUACUUGAGACCUCCUUCAGCAGAUCUGUGGUCUUUCCAAGUCACUUGGCCUUUUAUCAGUGCAUAAUGUGAACUAAACUUUUUACUUCCAUAGAAUAUAAAGCCACUACCCCCUGACCUCUCCCCUCCUUUGAUCUGUUGGGGCAUAGAUCAGGGGCUCAGGAAUGAGCCGCAUGGUAUCUUCAUGGUCUGUCCCAGGGGUACCAGCUCUUUAUGAACAGGGAAAUGAACCAGGAUUAGACAGGACUGUCUUUGAGUUUCAGCCUCUGAGGCUGACUGGGAAAAGUGUGAGGCUCCCUCCUCAUCCCCUGCCACAGGAAAGAGUCCCCUUAUUUAUCAGUGUCCUUUCCCUGUCCUUCCCCUGGUGCUCACAUUACAGUAUUUGUUGUAGAAGCCCCGCUCGCACAGGUUUUCAGUGACUCAGAAUGCUCUACUGCCUUUUCUGUAAGAAAGGAUUGAGAUACACUCCUACCGUGCCCCAUCUCCCCUCAAGACUCCUGCCUGUGUUUGUGUGGACCCCCAAACCCCAGAACCACACUGUUGAGAUGGACACACUGUAAACCCCUGGGUGACUGUCAAGUCAUAAUGCAGACUUCAGGUUGUUCUGUACAAAAUACAAAAUAAAUGUUUUUAUUAACAAUG